UCUCUCUCUCUCUCUCUCUCUCUCUCUCUCUCUCUGAUAUUAAAUUUAUGAACUAACUGUGAUGACUGAUUAUCAGGAUGGAAAAGUUUAAUUACACAAGUGCAACUAGUAUAGCUAAAUCUAUUGGAACUCUAGUAUCGGUUAUUGGUGCACUUAUCGUAACUCUAUACCAAGGCCCUUCGAUUCUUGGAAUUUCAUCACAUUCGGACGAAACUCUAACGAGUUCAUCAGCUUGGCUUAUCGGUGGAUUGCUUCUCACUAUCGACAGUUUGGUGGCCUCCAUAUUUAUCAUUGCACAGGCAAUAGUGCUGAAGAAAUGCCCAGCAGAGCUUGUUCUAAUGCUAUUCUACAGCUGCUUCGUCGCCAUUUUAUCAGCAGCAGCCUCUUUUAUUGUCGAAAAAGACCUUAAUGCCUGGAGCCUCAAGCAUAGGAUGAGGUUUAUCCCUGUUAUCUACUCGGCGCUUUUCGGGAAUGUAUUCCAAGUAUCGAUUAUAAUGUGGUGUGUGAGAAGAAAGGGGCCUCUGUUUGCAUCGGUAUUCCAUCCUUUAGGAGUCAUUUUUGCCACUACGAUGGGCAUCGUCAUUUUGGGAGAGGCCUUCUAUCUCGGAAGCUUGCUCGGGUCGAUAGUGGUCGUGAUCGGGUUUUAUUUCGUAAUGUGGGGAAAAGCUAAGGAAGCAGAGACGAUUGACGACGAUGGAUUGAAAGGCUUCGAGUCGAGAAAUGAGAAGAAGAUGCCUCUGUUGCUAAACAACACUGCUGAGAAUGGCGUAGUUUAGUGGUGACAAACAUGAAGUAUUGCAAGUUGCAACACUUACCGUAUUUCGCUCUUCUUUAUUUGGCUGCUGUUUAAUCUAGUGUUGUCAUGGUAAACUAGGGUUGGCAAUUUGGGAUACGGUUCCAUGGAUCCGAUCAAAUUCGGUUCGAUCCAUAUGUAUCCGGUUAGCAUUAAAUCUAGUUAGAAAUAAAUCGGAUCGGAUCACAUAUGGAUCCAAUUCGUAAAUUACAGAACUUGACAAAGUUUGUAAAUUACAGAUGCCACUAUUAGUUACUUUUAUUUUGCAAAUAUCUCGAGAGUUAGAGAGAUAAAGCAAUUUCAAAUACGUGAGAUGAGUGACAAAUAUCCAGGAUCCAACACAAACUCUAUGUUACAAAUAAGCAUUAUGAAAUCAAAUACAAAUGUUGUAUAACAAAUCUAUACCUUACAAAACUACAAAUCUAAACUCAGCAACACGGGAAAAUCGACACAACAGCUCCUCGUAUGCGUGCCUCAAAACGAGAAAAAAAAUUGAUUUAAACAAUAGCUUACAGAAAAUUUUAACAUUUUCUUAUAAUGAUGUACAUAAACUGCUCUUUUAAGGGAGAAACGAAGAGUAAGAGGCACAUGCAAAUGGUACUGGCUCGAGCCACUCAAAUUCUAAUCA